CAAGAACUGGAAGUCACAGGAGGACUUACGGGAGCGGAGGCGGGCCGAGGUGGACAGGGUGUGCAGACACAACUAUGAAAUAGUCCUCCCCACGGCCUUGAGCCAGCGAGAUUUUGUGUUGGAAAAUGACUCUGUGUAUCCCUAGAGGCCUGGGGAUAGUGGCUGUGAUAGUGAUUCUAGUGGUGUGGAGCACUCUGGUGACUGAGGGCAGAGACACUCAAGGGACUGUCCUGUUCCAGAGUAAAUUCCUGUGCUACUUCACCAACGGGACGCAGCGGGUGCGGGCCGUGGCCAGAUACAUCUACAACCGCGAGGAGUUCGUGCGCUUCGACAGCGACGUGGGGAACUUCGUGGCUGUGACCGAGCACGGGGAGCCAGAUGCCGAGACCUGGAACUCACAGGAGGAAUUACUGGAGCAGCAUCGGGCCGAGGUGGACACAUUGUGCAGACACAAUUAUGAGAUGGACGCCCCCUUGGCCUCGAGCCAGCGAGCACAACCUAAGGUGACCGUCUACCCUUCCAGGACAGAGGCUUUAAACCACCACAACCUGCUCGUCUGUUUGGUGACAGAUUUCUAUCCAGGCCAAGUCAAUGUUCAGUGGUUCCGGAAUGAACAGGAGGAGACAGCAGGAGUUGUAUCCACCCCACUUAUUAGGAAUGGGGACUGGAGCUUCCAGAUCAUGGUGAUGCUGGAAAUGACCUCCCAGCGUGGAGAUGUCUACACCUGCCAAGUGGAGCACCUCAGCCUCGAGACCCCUAUCACAGUGGAGUGGCGAGCCCAGUCUGAAUCUGCCUGGAGCAAGAUGCUGAGUGGCAUUGGAGGAUUUAUGCUGGGGUUGAUCUUCCUUGGACUGGGCCUCUUCAUCCGUCACAAGAACAAGAAAGGAACUCAUGGGCCUUCGCCAACAGGGCUCCUGCACUGACUCCUGAAGGUCUCCUGAAGAGCUUUGAUGGAUACUUCUUUCUCCUUUUCUAUAAUGCCUGCCUAUAACUAUUCAUAAUUCCCAGUUACCUACAAGUAUGUCUCUCUGAGAUUGGAGUCCUCUGACUCUGAGAGAAUCAUUAGAUCACUUCCUGUAAUCACUCCUUGGAGAGACUGUCUGUGAAGUUUCAUCCUGCACUGACCCCAAAGUCUGUGCUUCAGCAAUGAAGCCAAGGGCUUUUUCUUUCCCAUUGUCUAUCCAUAAGUUGUUCAAUAGAAGCACAUGAAACCAUCCAUCUGUAUAUAGAAGUUUACCAUUAUUAAACACA